AUGAUAUAAUUAUUUAUCAUUAUAGCACUUGCUUUUUCUAAGCCUCUCAACCCAAAAAAAGUCAUUUAUGCUAUAAAUUGUGGUGCUCCAUCGAAUUAUAAAAGUCCAUCAGGAAUUCAAUAUGAAAAAGUAUUAUUGCUUUAAUCUUAUUUCUAAGGAUAUACAAACAGAUCCUGAAACAGUGGUAGCAGAUUACAGUUUGAAUUCAGAAGUGGCUAGUCAACAAAUCAAAUAUACAAGAGAGCCAGAAAUCUAUUUAACAGAAAGGCAUGCUUACAAGACAUUUUCAUAUCAGAUUCCUUUGUAAAAAGAAGGCACAUAUACUCUAAUUCUUAAAUUUGCAGAAGUACCUCAAUAAAUAUAAACAUGAAAGAUGUACUUUGAUACUAAAGGAAAGAGAGUCUUCCAUAUUAAAUUUGGGCAAUAAAGAGUCGUAGAAAAACUUGAUGUUGUGGCCAAAGUUGGAAAGUUUGCUUCAAAUGAUGAAUAUAUAGAAUUUGAAUACGUAGCAGGUCAAGUAUUUCAUAAUGUAAAUUUGCAUUAUAUACAAUAGAAUGUUUUAUGUGUAGAUGCUGUUUAGGAAGGUAAAUUAUAAGUAAAUCUUGAAAAAACAAAAUUUGAUAAUCCAUAUAUUCAUGGUAUAGUUUUGUAUGCAGGUGGAAUCAGUGAAACAGAUUAUGAAGAAUAUCAAUACAUGAAGGAGAAUUGGGAGAAAGUUAUAAAUGAAGAGAAGGUUAAGGAAGAACUAGAGAGAUAGAAAAAAUCUGAAGCCAAGGUUAAAAGGAAGGAAAGAGUUAAAAUUAGAAAUGAUCAUUUAAAUGAAUUAGAAAAUGAAUUUGAAGUUGAUGAUUAAUCUUAGAAUGUUUCUGCCCCAGUAGCCAAAAGAGGUGGAUUAAGAAAUUUGAUUACUAGUCCUAUUGGAACUGCAGGUUUAUUCAUUUCCUUUUUUAUUGGAAUGUAAAUUUUAAAAAAAUUAAUAUCUGCUAUUUCAAAUGUAACUUUGCAAAUUCUAUUAAUUAGGCAAAAAUUAAAGGCACAGAAAAAGAAUUUACUGAAACAAAACCAAAGCAGGAGAAACAAGUUAAAGAGAAAAGUGAGUCAAGUGAAAAAAAGAAUAAAACCAAAGAUACAAAAGAGAAAUCUAAAGCAAAAUAAUAGUAAUAAUGAG